AUGAAGAUUUUUAUUAUUUUACUAUUUAUAACAGUGAACAGCUUUAUUAAAUAUGAUACAGGAUAUGCUUCCUCUUUUGAUUGGAACAAUGGAUUUAGUGCAUCAGGCAAUAAUGUUUACACUAAAGAAUUUACUUUCUCUGGAACAUUUGAAAGGAUACCUUAGGUAGCCAUCAUUAUUAAUAAAUACAAUGUACAAUACUAAACUUCAGGAGGAAAUUUAGCCACUAUUACAAGUAUUACAACAACAAGUAAUAUUUUCAACUAAAGUUUAGAAUUCACUGUUGUUAUGACUAAUCCAUAUUCAAGUGGGGCUACAGAGAUGCCCUUCUAAUGGUAUGCUUUUGAUGAUAAAAGAGUUUAAGUUAUUAAUGAAUUCAAUUACAUUCUUAGCUCACCUUAUGCAAGUUUUACUUAAUAUGUCACUUAUUCUCACAGCAACCCUAACUUUACAAAAGCUUUACUAUUUAUAACAUCCUUUUAAUUUAAAGGAGGACUCGAUAUUGUAUUGUCUGUAAUAUUUGAAUUUUAUAAAUAGAUCGAAGAAAUUACAAUUACUUAAGUAAAAGUGAAGAUAGUUAGUAACACCAACAAUUUAUUAUAAAUUGGAUAUUAAAUAAUGUUGACAACUAGUGAUGUAAUGGAAACAACUUAUAUAUAAUAACCUAGUGGCUCAUAUACAAGUCCUACUAUGACAUUUCCAACAGAUAAAGAUUGGACUGUUUCAACAUAAGGAUUUAAUUGGCCAGCUGUAAUCAAUUUUGGAGUUAGAUUAACUAAAUAUUCCAACUAUUAUACAUUUGCAGCUUGUACACUAUAUAAUAAUAUAUUAAAGGGUCUGGAAAUCCUAUUAAUGCUUUAAGAUUCACUUAUAUAACAAUAGUUAAAUCAAUAACUUAAACUUUUCUACCAAUGGCCAUUUCUGGAAUUAGAGUGAGUUAAAAAGAUAAUUAUAAUAAUUCUCCUAUCCCUACUAUAUAAUUAUAAUUUGAAGAGUUGAAUCUAAUUUAUACAAGUGAAACAACUUAGACAUUUUAUGUUUAGUCUUCAUUAUCUUAAUUGAAUGCAAUUAUUUAAUACAGUUGUCCAACUACUUAAAAAUUGUAUACUGAAUUGAAUUAUCCUAAUAAAAUUAUAAAGAGAAAUUUCUAUUGUUCAAGAGGUCAGAAUAUUGUUACAAUGUAUAUUCGUAUAAACUCAUAAAUGACUGCUAUUAAUGAAAUAACUUUUAGUCUUACAAAUACAGGUAUUUCAAUAAAAUAAAAUGUUCAAAAUUAAUUAGCAGAGUUAAAAUAAAUAUUUCUAUUACAGAUUACAAAUAAUUGA